UAUCAGCCCUGGCAACAGUAGGAUGUCUCACAUGUACACUCUAGCGCGUUGCUGCAACUGCAAUGUUCUGAAGUGAGCCUGGUAGUAUCCAGUUCCACUGUUCGCCGUCCACCAGACUACAUUAUAAAUUAUUUUCCAAAGUCGGAAGAUUGUAGAAGUGGACACAAAUAAUCGUAGGGCAUGCCAGUCGCAUGCGUUCUCUGCCGUUAGCAUAUUGAACUGUCUAAUGCUAACUAACUCGCAGUUGUAUGGUUGUAACUUAGCUAGCUACAUUGUAUGUCAGUAAAAUAGAAUACCAACUUCCGAGAUUCCAAGUACUGGAGACGAAUUCUACAAUGGAUACGCGGUCCAUACGUUUGUGAGGAAGUGACUUAUCAAGUGAGUGCCACAAGCCGUGUUUCAACCUUCAGAUUCGUGGUUUAAUAAGUGGAGGGAGGUGUUGUAACAGAGACUACAACGACACGAUUUACGCGGGGAAGCAGUUACCUUGAGAGGUAUCUCAGUUUACAUGCAACGCAGGACAAGCCACUUUGGAUUGAUGACUGGAAACAUUUGUAACACUCAGUGCUCAGCUGCGUCUGUUGGAUUCGUGUGAAGUGUUGUUGGCUGUUGGCAGCUCCUGAGCCCUGUGUCAGCUUAGCUGGCGAUGGCGAAACCCGACUCGAAGAGAGGUGCUAUGGCUUUUGUCGCCGGAAGACCCGCCGCGACACCGGAGGACCAGGUCAACAACGGGUCAUUGGAUCAGCCACCGUCCUCCGCUUCUCACGAGGCAUCGCACACCCCGGCGGCUGCCAGCAAGUCUAAAUCGGGUAAACAGACGUCUAAAGAAAACCUGUCUCGAAGGAUAACUGAGAGCGAGGUGUACGACGAUGGGACCAACACAUUUUUCUGGAGAGCCCACACCGUCACCGUGCUCUUCAUCCUCACCUGUGCUCUGGUCUACGUCACCCUGCUGGAGGAGACGCCACACGAUACCGCCUUCAACACCAAAAGAGGCAUCAUUGCCAGCAUCUUGGUGUUCCUGUGCUUUGGGGUGACCCAAGCUAAGGAUGGACCCUUCACUAGACCACACCCAGCAUAUUGGCGGUUCUGGCUGUGUGUCACCGUGGUCUACGAGCUCUUCCUCAUCUUCAUCCUUUUCCAGACGGUGCAUGACGGGCGGCAGUUCAUGAAGUACAUCGACCCCAAGCUGGGCGUGCCUUUACCGGAGAGGGACUAUGGCGGCAACUGCCUUAUUUAUGAUGCCGCCAACAACACAGACCCCUUCCACAACCUCUGGGACAAGAUGGAUGGUUUUGUCCCAGCACAUUUCCUGGGCUGGUACAUUAAGACCCUGAUGAUCCGGGACUGGUGGAUGUGCAUGAUCAUCAGCGUGAUGUUUGAGUUUCUGGAGUACAGCCUUGAGCACCAGCUGCCCAACUUCUCCGAGUGCUGGUGGGACCACUGGAUCAUGGAUGUGCUGGUGUGUAAUGGCCUGGGUAUCUACUGUGGCAUGAAGACAUUGGGCUGGCUCUCCAUGAAGCCUUAUCAGUGGCAGGGGCUUUGGAACAUCCCCACCUACAAAGGGAAAAUCAAACGCAUUGCCUUCCAGUUCACACCCUACAGCUGGGUGAAGUUUGAGUGGAACCCCGCCUCAGACCUGCGACGCUGGCUAGCUGUGCUGGGUAUCAUAUUCAUGUUCCUGCUGGCGGAGCUGAACACCUUCUACCUGAAGUUCGUGCUGUGGAUGCCCCCCGAGCACUACCUGGUGCUGCUCAGACUCGUCUUCUUCGUCAACGUGGGGGGCGUGGCCAUGAGGGAGAUCUACGACUUCAUGGACGACCCGAAGUUCCAUAAGAAGCUGGGUCAGCAGGCGUGGCUAGUGGCGGCCAUCACGGUGACCGAGUUCCUGAUCGUCUUGAAGUACGACCCCCACACCAUCACCAUGCCCAUCCCCUUCAUCGUCACCCAGUGCUGGCUCCUGGGCAUGGUGCUCAUCGUCUCCUGGACGCUCUGGCGCUUCUUCAUCCGGGACAUCACGCUCCGCUACAAGGAGACCCGGCGACGUAAACAGGAGGACACAGGGGACCGAGGAGAACACCUAGGCAACAGUAACAAUGGCAACGGGAGCCCAACAACCCCCUCAUCCGGCCGCAGCAAACUCAACGGCAGCACAGAGUCAGUGAGGCAGAGGAAGUCCUAAAGGGGAGCCGCCGCCGCCACCACCACAUCCACCACCACCACAACCACCACCACCCUGACAGGCGCCGCACUGCACCCCACCAGCGCUGCACCCUGUCUGGGGAGGCAUGGGAGGGAGUGGUGGGCUUACGUAUGGAUGGAUGGAUGAGGGAGUGGAUGGAUGAAACUGGGACAGACGGAAGGCAGAAGGCACUCUCUCUCUCUCACUCUCUCUCACUCUCUCUCACUCUCUCUCACUCUCUCUCACUCUCUCUCUCUCACUCUCUCUCUCUCUUUCUUUCUGCUGCUGUUGUUGUUGCUGCUGCUGCCGCCAUUUCCACAUUCAGAGAACACCACCUGUGCAAUCUCAUUCAGGCUGUAGGUGGGCUUCUGUUAGUGUGUGUGUGCGCCUGUGUGUGUGGAUGUAUAUGUGUGUGUUUGUGUGUACCAGAGCAGUCAUUCCAAUGUCGGCUUGUCACUGUUAACACUAUUCAUGAGCGAGCAAACACCGAUUAGUUGUCA